UGACCAGCGCCCUCCUGCUGAGGACUACUUCUGGGAGAGUUCCGGAGGCAAGUGGCGCAGCCUGGAGAGCAGAGGGAGGGAGCAUGAGAGUCCAGCCAUGGUGCAGAGGCGCAGGAGGCAGGAGGGCAUGCCUGGAGAGGAAAGGGCCUGGAACAGCCCGAAGCAGAGACCGGGGUGGGAGGGUUCUGGGAGCCUCAGCAGCCAAAGCCAGUUUGAUUCAGACCAGGGUGGUGUGGUUUGGGGUGUCAGCAGGCAAAGCGGUCUUGGGCAAAGGGGGGCAGGAGCUGAAAGCCCCCAGAGCUCCGAUCGGCAGCAGAGGCCCACUGGGAGCCAGCAGGACUGGAGCCGGCCCACAUUCUUCAGCGGGGGAUGGAAUCCUGGGGAGGGCCAAGCAGAAACGGAGAGCCACGGAAGGGGCGAGCAAGGCAGCGAUUUUGGCAGGGAGGAGGGCAGCCCCAGGAGGAGCCCCUCCCCUGUGGAAGCAGCCACCAGUGCCCCUGCGGCCCAGUCGCUGAGGUGGACGCCACGCGAGCAGCUGGUGCAGUACUGGAUGCGGUGCCGGGCCACCCUGAAAAACAGGUUGCGGGAGCAGCUGAUGGCCUUCUGCCCCCGGCCCACCUUGCCCGACAGGUCUUCCGAGGUCCCGGUCCUGAACCCAGAGAUCCUGUGCUUGUUCAGCGCCAAGCAGGUCAAGGAGAUCGAGAGCCUUUCGCGGCCCCUGCGGGUGCUGCAGAACGAGGUCCUGGACAUGCUUGCGCCGGCCAUGACCAUCUACGAGAUGGCCGAGGAAGCGAUGGAGCGGGGGGAGUCCGUGGAUCCCAUGGAGCUGCGCGAGUGGACGCGCCGCCUCAUCCGCUACAUCGGCAGCAUCAGCCACAGGCUGACCCUGCAGCGCCGCAUCCAGGUCCUCGGCACCCUCAACCCACGGCUCAAGAUGGUGUCGUCCAAGAUGGCGAGCCGCUGCACCGACGGGAAGCUCUUUGCGGAGGACAAGGUGAAGCUCCUGAAGGAGAUCGUCAAGAGGUUCCCACAGCUGACGGUGUCCCAGAACAGGCUGUCCGCCAGGAGGUACCAGCUCGCUGCCCGGCGACCUCCGUCUGCGGCCACCUGGCAGAGAAGAUUCCCCCCGGGGCCUCAUUCUCGCCCCAGGCAUCCUGCUGCUCAUCAAAGCCCAGCCGGCCAGCGUGGGAGUGAGAACCAGCAGUGAGGAGUGAGAGGCCCGUCCAGCAGCACGGUGCCCGGGGCGCCUGCCGUGCCCUCGGGCCGAUCGCCGCUGCUCCUGCUGGGGCUGGACGGCGGCCCAUGGCAUCUCGUCCCGCACCGAUCUUCCUUGAGGCCUCUGUCAGGGCAGCGGAGGGGGAGAAGCCGGCAGCGGCUGCACUGGCCCUCGUUCCUGCAGCACCAGAGGCUGGAUGUGGACCCGUGUGGCCCAGCACCAAGACGACCGCCACCCCUUGCAGGCCGGCCCGCUCGCACAAGGGCUGCACGUGGCUGCACUUCUUCCAUUGCGAGUGGGGUGUGGUCCCACAUCCCCACCUGGCCCAAAGGGGGGAACCUCCGGGCCCUUUUCAUACCUCACAGUUUCUGCUUGCCGCUUCCAGAAGAGAAGCCACGGAUGGACAUGGGAACGGGCACCCCUCCUACGAGUGUCCCUUUCCCCUUCAUUUCCUUUGCCUGGAUGUACUUGGGUGGCAAGACCAUAUGUCCGGUUUGGUCAUCCGCACUCUGGCCUGGAUCUGUGGGUGGAGGGAACCCUCCACAUACCUGUGGGACAGAAAGGUCUCUGGUUUAAGGCGACCAAUUAACUUCAGCUCCUGAAGGACCGUCAGAGGUUUUUGGAGGGAGUACAUGGACUUCUUCCUAGUGGAAGCUUUCUGGAGUGACAGGCAGGAUUGGAAUGAAGCCGCCAAGGAUGCAAGAGGACCCUUACUUGUGUGCCUUCAGGUUGCUCCUAGCAUAGAACAGCGGAGUGGGAAGGGGCCGGAAGGCCGCCGGGUCCAGCCCUGCUGUUGCAGGACACCAAGUCGCACCAUCUCACUCAGGUGACUGCCCAGGUUCUCCUUGAAUGUCCCCAGUGUGGGACAGCUUACCACCUAUUCAGCUGAAUUAAAAUGGUUUUGGUUUUCAAA